CUAGCCUCUCCGUUCUUUGUCCUCGACCAUUCGCCAACAAAAACCCAAACCCUGGCCUCUCCGUUCUCUGUCCCCAAAUCGACGCCACCAUACCUCCUUGUUCCGGAUCCAAGACGAACAUCACCAGCCGCCACUGCGAAGAUGCCAUUGACGAUGAUGUAUAUGAGGUCAAUUUUUGGCCCGGCCUCAAGGCUCGCCAGCAAGAUCGAUGUUGACAAAUUCGAUGAGGCAAUGACUUCUCACAGUGGCGACGCGGCGGAGUUGGGUCUCAACCCAGAUCUGGUGAUAGAUCCUGAUUCUCAUGGAUUCGAUUUUGCGAUGAAAGAGAACCGAUGUCGGAGGAGGAAGGAGAAAGAUCGAUUCACUCCAAUUGGAAUAAGAAACCUGCCUCCGCCGAUAAAGUUCCGCGAGUCUUCUUGGCUGAACGAUGGCUUUGCUGAAUCUCUAAAUCGGGGGAAGGAUGGGGAUUGGGGAGAGACAGAUCUAAGAUGGAGACGGAUUGGUGGCGGAGGCGAAACAUUGGUGAUGGAGAAGGAAAGGGAGGAUUGCUCGAAGGAGGUUCUGGGUGGUGGCGGAGCGAUGACGAACUGGUGGUGGAUGGUAGUGUAUCGGACGGGAGGGUUAUUCGUGGUGGGGGAGGCGAUGGCAAAACUGGUGGCGGCGGAUUGGUUUAGGUAAGAGGAAGAGGCGGAUUAGGUCAAACUAGUGUAUCAGAGGGAUGAUUGCGGUGGUGGCGGAUUGAGUCGGUAAGAGGAAGAGGCGGAGCAAGCUCGGGAUUGGGAUUGGGAAGAUAGAUUAGGAAUUUUUAAUUUUUUGCUUUUUAAUUGUUAUUUAAUUAUUUAAAAAUAACACAUCAGAUGCCAU